CUAGUCGAACGUGUUUAGAGUUGUCCGUGUUCAGAAUAGGCCAGACUCAGGUUUCGAUUUCUUUUUACGAUUCUUCAUUUCAUGUAUUUUUGGUUUCUGGCUCAAGUAAGAAGGGCUUCACCCCAAAGGGGUCCAGCCCAAUGGAGAUUUGCCCGUGGGUUGAAGAUGGAACCUGAGGAGGUGGACGAGUUGGACGAGGAAUCCUUUGGCUCUGACAGCAGUAGUGAUGCAGAAAGUGUUCAGCCAAUCAUUCCACCUUCCCGACGCUUUGAAGCAGGUUUUCAGGGCGCUGAUGGGAUCUUCAUCGAUUUUGUGUGCCGCAUGACGAAGAGCCGACACCCCCUUUUGGUUAUGCUGCUUGGGGAUGCCAAGUCCAGGCAACAAAUGGCCAGAAGGGCAUCUCGAAGUGUGGCAGGAGGGAAGAUGCUUCGAAGUUAUAAGGACGCCAAAGAUUUGAUCAACUUCGAGAGGCUAGAAUGGAACUUGAUGGAUUUAUUGACCAGUUUCUGGAAGAAGCAGAAGCACCCAGGGUGGCUAACUCGACCUGAUGCCCUGCAGCAGAUUGUGCGCCGUAUCCGCAUGCAUCAGAGAAUGGAGCUUUGCGUGCAAUCAGAGCUGGGUGAAUACAUUGUGGAGCUAGAGAAGCAGAAGACCCAAGUGCUGCAACAGGCUAUGGUGGCAAAGCAUGAAGAAAACGACACUUCUGACGAACCUUCACGUCGGCAAGGCUUUUGGCACACCUUCCACAGAGGCACUCGGAAAGGAGACUGGAGGCCUGUGACUCCGGCCAAGACCGAGUUGUACCUCCCCACCCUUGAUGGGCGCGGUUGGGUGCCACCUCGGGCCAGCAUAUCCCAGGCUGUCCAGAAAGAAACGAAACCACUGUCCAGUGUGAAAUCGGCACCGGAGUUGCGAAAGCGACUGCCAUUUCUCACGCAUGCACUGCAGGCCUCUUCAGAAGAUCGGGAUCAGAAUCGAUUCACUCCACCAGAUUCCAUGCGAAGGUGCCACCCUGACAGGAAGAUGUGGUGGUUCCAAUCAGGUUAUGAGGAACGCCGACUAUCCGUAGAGCAAAGAGAAGAGGUGAUGUCCUCCAAGAGGUCAUCCGCCCUGCCUAGUUUGCCUACCUUGGUGAAACACAGGUGUCCGAUGUCGCACUUUGGAGAAUGUCCUGUGGAACCAGCUGAGGUGGAGGAGAGAACUGUGCGACAAAGGAAGAACAACAGCAGAGGAUUCAGAGGUCACCAUCAUUUACCUCCCAUUGAAGAUGCAGUGGUGCCAGUCUACGGUGAUUCCGAAGACUUAGAUGACGCCAUUUCCCCCACCAAGCAGUACAUUCAUGCCUGCCAAAGGGAGCAGGUGGUGCCAGUGCCCUCCAGCUUCGUGACCGGACACUCGAAAAAGGUGGAUGCUGGAGGCAAGACCCUGGUGGAUUCGGACUUGUUGACCUUAUGCGCAGUUGGUCGGUCAACCGGAGUAGAGGAGGUGGACUUUUCCGGGGGCAAGCUUUUGUCAGACUUUGUCUUAGGCACCUUCCUGGAAGAUGUCUUGUUGGUGCCACACACGCCGCUCCGGAUCCAGCGCUUGAGCUUGAAGGAUUGCAGGAAUGCCUCCUCAAGAGCCCAAGCUUCUGUAGUACAGCUGCUGCAAGGCGAUUGUGGCUCCAAGCUGCGUUUCUUAGACCUCAGUGGAAUUUGCCUGUCCAUGCGGCACUUGGAUUCCUUCUGCGGGGCCGUGGAGAAGCAUCAGUCCCUCCAAACCCUCAAGCUGUGCAACACAGGUCUCGGUGGUGCCAUCGAUGUGAUACGCUGUCUCCAGCGCAUCCUGGGUGGCCGUAUUCAAGUGCUUGAUGUCGGAUGGAAUUGCUUCACAGCACCGGAAUUGAAAUUCCUUGGGGAGCUGGCGUCAAAGAAUCACAAUCUGCAACAGUUGGGUUUGGCGAACUGUGCUGCCAGCAGCCAGAAGAACAGCAGCAUUUCGCCCUGUGUCUUCUUUAUUGAAGAGCUCGUGCAUGGUGUUUCCUUGAGAAGCCUUGACAUCGCCAUGAACCGUCUUGACUUUCGAGGGGCCCUAGUGAUUGAAGAUGCUUUGGAACAAAGCCGGCAACUGACGACCCUAAACGUGGCGCACAAUCCCCUGGGGAUCAUGGGCCUACGUUCCUUGCUUCGACUCCUGGCCAGGGAGAAGUCAGGCUUGGUCUCAAUCGACAUGGAGAAUUGCUUUACAGGUGAGCUCAUGCUUUCAGUGGAGGGCAUACAGGUCUUCACAUACACCGAUCCAGGUGGGCGCUACAAUUUGGAUUUGGACAGGCCUUAUCAUCGCUCACUCUUGCGCACCUUGUACAAGGUGGGAGAAAACUUGCAGCUGAAGCCUGCAGACACCUGCUACGAUAUCUCCUAUGCACCAGGGCAGUUCACCUUGCCAUCUUUGCCGGGGCCCACUGGCGUUUGGCCGGUCCCUACUUCUGGCCGAUUGGAUUUGAGCUUCAGCAUUGAGAAGGCUAUACAGAGGGCGGUGAAAGGUGUAGCAGAAGAGAACUUUGGCAAAGUCUUGGCCAAAUACAAUGAGGUGAUGCGCUUUACGCCUCACUUCCGCAAGCUCAUUCCUUUGCUUGCUCAGUGGAGGCUUUUGGAGGGGCACGAGCAGGAGCAGCUGGCGAUGCUCUCAGCUUUGGGAAGGGACUUUGUUUUCACCGCCACGCAUUUGCGACAGCUGUGCAAUUGCAAGUCUAUGGUGGGGACAGUGGUAGCACGGCUUUUGCCAACGCUGGUGGGGGGCAAGUUCUCACUGAACAUGGCCAUAAGAAAAGUUGACAACAUGAGUGAGUUCAUCAAGAUGCUGACCUUGUGCAAAGAGUAUUUGCUUUUCAACCCCGAGAGCCCCACAGGCCACUACAAAUUGGACCUCAGCAAUACUCCUUCAGCUUAUGUGGCGCAGGCACUGGCGUUGCUGGACCGUUGGGAGUCGGGCUUGGCCAAACGCAAAGAUUUGGUCGACAUCUCGGAGAAUGGAGACUACUCAUGCGUGCGAAAUUGCAUGUAUGCUCACGAACCCCUUCUAGGCGCGCAAACUGGACUUCAAAGCUUCGACCAGUGGGUCAUUCCUGAAAAGGAGACCUUGGAGCUGGACUACGUGACAAACCAGCGGCCAGAUUGCCAUGGGGCCGUCUUAGACGAUGCCUCUUUCAAGAAAUUCUUGACGAUCCUGCAGCAGGCGGAGUGCGACGGCUCAACGCAAAUCAAGGUUACACGGAAUUUGGCCCACUACAUCAACCUUACCAGUAUGCAGAUGCGGCAACUCUUGGGUGUCUACCAGUAUUCAGAACUGCGGGAAGAAGCUUUGAUCACCACGUUCUUUCGAAUCAUUGACAUCCACAAUGAGAAGAUCUUUCGGGUGCGCUAUGAAGAGCAGUCAGAACUAGACAGGCUCCGAGCGCGCUUGGGCUAUUGCACUUUCUUCACGUACGUUCAGCCUGAACAAGUCACAUAUGACUUCGACUUUGCCAAGUACGACCAACGCUUGGCAGCCAACAUCUUCUUCAGCUUGGCCAAUGCGGAGAAGCGGGACUGAAGGGGAUGCCAUGUGGGAGGGGCCGAUGUUUAACACCGAGAUGUUUUAGAGAGCGAAGAACUCCCGCAGGACAACAUUGCAAACUUCCGCUACACCCUUCCGGAUGGCACCAUCGACAAGUUGGAGCUUGGGGUUCCGCGCAGCUGGGACCAGUUCGCACGAAUGCCAAAGGAGGGCAUCUUUCAUUUCACCUACAAAUGCUCACCGCAGGACCGCAAAUUCGCAUUGCGGAAGUCGUUGUUGCUGCAGUAUGGGAAAUGGAAAGUGGAUGUGGCCGAAAGUGAAGUUACAUGGUGGGCUGCAGCCAAUGAGGCUCCUGAGGAUGUGUUGGAAUUCUUAUUUUGGCUGAGAGCGAAAUUUCAAGACACAAACAAGGCCUUUGAGGCCUUUGAUGGUGUAGACGGAAAUGGUGUUUUGGGCUUGCGGGAGUUCGAGGAGGGCAUGAGACUCUUGAAGUGUCGGAAAUUCAAAGGGAAGGAUGAGAAGCAGCGCUGGACAGACAUUUUCCGGUUUUUGGAUCCCAGUGGCGAAGGGCAAGUGUCAAAGGAUGAGUUCUUAACCCUCGACACCUUUUGGGCAGAGGUCGAGUUCUCCAUCCGUGAGUUCAUGGAUUGGGCCAACCGGAUCUUCGGGAAAGAUUUAAAGCGUCUUUGGAAGGCUUUGGAUGAAGAUGGUGGCGGAAGCAUCCAGCGGGAUGAGUGGGAGAGCUCUUUGGACAAGGUCGGGUACUUUGGCCCAUCAGGUCCGAUCUUCAGCUUCAUCGAUGAUGAUGACGGAGGAGAAAUCUCAUGGACUGAGUUCCAGAUGCUGAAGCGCUUUCAACGGACCGAUGCUUGAUGCUUGGACUCGGCCAAGUGUCUUGCGCUCAUGGAUGAGUCUCAUUGUGCGGAUCAGCUCUUGCUGUCAGAAGCAACUCUUUAGUACGGAGUCUUCACCCCUCACAUGAUGGGGCAAAGAAGUGAACCCUUCAUGUUUGAGGCGUUUUUUGUUGGUUCUGUACAUGUGUGAGAUCAUUUGUGCACAUGUGUUACAUUUCGAUAGAUGCUGUAUUCCUGUAAAGCGCAAUAUCACGUAAGUGCGCGAAGACUGGUCAACUGUUUGCUUCAGAAGAUGGCUGUCAUGGCCUUGAGUUUAAUGGCAGUGCCACUGCGCAGAUGCGUCGUGAAGAUCAGCUUCCCUUCUGAAGGAAGGAAGUUGAAGGUAAGAUACCAGACGAGGAAAA